AUGAGUGAGACCAAGGCCUCCCAUAGCCCGGAAGACACCUAUGUCCUGGUAACAGGCGCAAACAGUGGCCUAGGGUACUCGAUUUGCCGUCGCCUCGCCAAUGAGUUCCUUAAAACUCGUCCACAAUCUUCAUGCCUAAACAUCAUCUUCACAACCCGCAGCGCUCGCAAAGCACAAGACACAACCCGCCGCCUCGAAGCCGAUCUCCGCAAAAUUGCCCCAUCCCCCGCGGACUUUUCGCGCGUACGCUUCCUCCCCGAGAGUGUCGAUCUGGGCUCCCUUGUUUCCGUCCGCGCCUGCUCCCGCAGACUCAAUUCCACCUUCCCUAAACUCGAUGCCAUCAUCCUGAACGCUGGAAUUGGCGGUUGGUCCGGUAUCGACUGGCUCGCCGCGGUUUGGGGUGUCUGCACCGACCUCCUAUACCAAGUGACAUGGCCCACCUAUAAGGUCGCGCCCGUGGGCGUGUUGACGGAAAAACAGAUAUCGAGCAAGGAGCCUCAGGAACCCGCGCUGGGCUCGGUGUUCUGCGCCAAUGUCUUUGGGCAUUACAUGCUUGCGCAUAAUGUGGCGCCGCUGCUGAAGCGCGCAAAGGCGCCAGACGGGCCUGGGCGUGUGAUUUGGGUGAGUAGCAUUGAGGGGACGGUGAAGUUCUUUGAUAUGCAGGAUAUUCAGGGAUUGCGCAACACAACACCUUAUGAGUCGUCUAAGGCGCUUACGGAUGUAUUGGCUUUGACUUCUGAUUUGCCUAGUACGGCACCGUGGGCGGUGGAUAGUUACUUUGGCUCUGAUGAUGCCGACAAAGAAAAGUCCGGUAUGCCUACGAUACAUGUCGCUCACCCUGGUAUCUGUGCUACAGCUAUUGUCCCGCUUCCCCUGCCCCUUAUCUGGGCCAUGGUGAUCACGUUUUGGGUGGCGCGCAUGCUGGGAUCUCCUUGGCACACCAUGUCUACCUACCUUGGCGCCAACUCUCCUGUUUUCCUUGCUCUGUCGUCUAAAGCUGAGCUUGAUGCUGCCGAGGAACCGUACCGCCGGGCUGGUGGUGGAAAACCGAAAUGGGGCUCUUCUGCCUCGAGAUGUGGAGCUGGAAAUGUAAUCUGCACAGAAACCGAUGGCUGGGGAUAUGGUGGAGUUGUUGGAGCUCCUGUUGUUGAGGCUGAUCGACAAAGACUCAGAAAGCGAGGCGCUGUCGAUCUUACUGCGGAGCAGAGAGAGAAAUUUGAGCAGCUGGGGCGUCAGUGCUGGAAGGAGAUGGAGGAGUUGAGGAUCAAGUGGGAUGCGAUCUUGGAUGAGGCUGAGAAGACGCAGAAUGAUCAGUGA